AAACGUAGUCUUCGCCUUGGGGGGUGGGGAGAGGAGAGGAAGAGAGCCAGCGAGGCAGGGAUCGAAAGAGUGGCUGGCAGCUGGGAGCUCCGCGAGCAGAGAGAGCGUAGGAAAGCGAGCGAAUUAGGAGUAGGGGAGACCGAGACUGACCGGUAGCCCGCCAGGCAGGUGGACGGACGCACCCCCGGACAGACAGACUGAGCAGGCGCCGGAGAACCUCGCUCUGGUUCCCCCCGCCUUUCCCUUUGAAAGCCAGGAUUUUGCCUUUUCCGUGGCGCCCGAGAGAGAAUGCUGGACUCUGCCGACUUCAGCGCAAGCUAAGAUUUCUCAGCUAGGGAAGAAGGAUCAGCUCAGUUCUGAGAAGGGGGGAAGCAAGCACCCCUGUCCCCAUUCCCCCUUCCCCCCCUCCCAUAUCAAACUCGGGCGCCAAACCCAGCCCUUCCCCAACCACCCGACUUCCUCCUCUCCUUUCUAGCAUGGUGGCUGUAUGGACAGUCUGACAGAACAGAGACUGACAUCUCCCAAUCUGCCGGCCCCCCAUCUGGAACACUACAGUGUUCUGCAUUGCACCAUGACCCUGGAUGUGCAAACUGUAGUCGUUUUUGCCGUGAUUGUAGUCCUCCUGCUUGUAAAUGUCAUACUCAUGUUUUUCCUGGGAACGCGCUGAAUGGAGUCCAGCCACCUGAGCUGUUUCGAACUCUCGUUUUGAUUUCAUCCCGAGAACCUCCAAGGGAAAAAAAAAAAAAAAAGACAGAGACAGAGACAGAGACAGAGACAGGGAAAGAGAGGGAGAGAAAGAGCAAGCUUUCUUACUCAGGGGGGAAAGCGUUUUGAGCUUCAACAUGGCCUCGCUGUGAUAUGUAUGACGUUGCUGAUCACUGGAGAUUCCAUCGUUAGUGCUGAGGCAGUAUGGGAUCACGUCACCAUGGCCAACCGGGAGUUGGCAUUUAAGGCUGGCGACGUCAUCAAAGUCUUGGAUGCUUCCAACAAGGAUUGGUGGUGGGGCCAGAUCGACGAUGAGGAGGGAUGGUUUCCUGCCAGCUUUGUGAGGCUCUGGGUGAACCAGGAGGAUGGGGUGGAGGAAGGGCCCAGUGACGUUCAGAAUGGGCACCUGGACCCCAACUCAGACUGCCUUUGUCUGGGCCGGCCACUCCAAAACCGGGACCAGAUGCGAGCCAACGUAAUCAAUGAGAUCAUGAGCACCGAGCGUCAUUACAUCAAGCACCUAAAGGACAUUUGUGAGGGCUACCUGAAGCAAUGCCGGAAGAGAAGGGACAUGUUCAGUGAUGAGCAACUGAAGGUGAUCUUUGGGAACAUUGAAGACAUCUACAGGUUUCAGAUGGGCUUCGUAAGAGACCUGGAGAAACAGUACAACAAUGAUGACCCCCACCUCAGCGAGAUAGGACCCUGCUUCCUGGAGCACCAAGAUGGAUUCUGGAUAUACUCUGAGUACUGUAACAACCACCUGGACGCCUGUAUGGAGCUCUCCAAACUGAUGAAGGACAGCCGCUACCAGCACUUUUUUGAGGCCUGUCGCCUCUUGCAGCAGAUGAUUGACAUUGCUAUUGAUGGUUUCCUUUUGACGCCAGUGCAGAAGAUCUGCAAGUAUCCCUUACAGUUGGCUGAGCUCCUCAAGUAUACCGCCCAGGACCAUAGUGACUACAGGUAUGUGGCAGCUGCUCUGGCUGUCAUGAGAAAUGUGACUCAGCAGAUCAAUGAACGCAAGCGGCGCUUGGAGAAUAUUGACAAGAUUGCCCAGUGGCAGGCCUCUGUCCUAGACUGGGAGGGCGAGGACAUCCUAGACAGGAGCUCGGAGCUGAUCUACACUGGGGAGAUGGCGUGGAUCUACCAGCCCUACGGCCGCAACCAGCAACGGGUUUUCUUCCUGUUUGACCACCAGAUGGUCCUCUGCAAGAAGGACCUGAUCCGGAGAGACAUCCUGUACUACAAAGGCCGCAUUGAUAUGGAUAAAUAUGAGGUAGUUGACAUUGAAGAUGGCAGAGAUGAUGACUUCAAUGUCAGCAUGAAAAAUGCCUUCAAGCUUCAUAACAAGGAAACUGAGGAGAUUCACCUAUUCUUUGCCAAGAAGUUGGAGGAGAAGAUACGCUGGCUCAGGGCUUUCAGAGAAGAGAGGAAAAUGGUGCAGGAAGAUGAAAAAAUCGGCUUUGAAAUUUCUGAAAAUCAGAAGAGGCAGGCUGCAAUGACUGUGAGAAAAGUCCCGAAACAAAAAGGUGUCACCUCUGCUCGCUCAGUUCCUCCUUCCUACCCACCACCGCAGGACCCGUUAAACCAGGGCCAGUACCUGGUCCCUGAUGGCAUCGCUCAGUCGCAGGUCUUUGAGUUCACCGAACCCAAGCGCAGCCAGUCACCAUUCUGGCAAAACUUCAGCAGGUUAACCCCCUUCAAAAAAUAAUACCAACAGGGAGGCAGAUAAUUUUAAAAUAAAGUAAAUAAAAUUAUAUUUAUAGAUGGACCUUUUUUCGGAGAAGCACUGUUGAAAUUUAUAUAUAUAUAUAUAUAUAUACACACACACACACACACACACACACACACACACACACACACACACACACACAUACACACACACGCAUACACAGACGCACACAGGACCUUGAGUGUACACACACACACACACAUACACACACACACACACACACACACACACACGCAGAAGGACCAAAAAUGUUUUCUGUUGUUUUGGGGAAGUAAAAUCUGUAGUUGGUAGGAAGAAGUACCAAUGAAUUCCAAACACAUGAUCCCUUCUUAAAAUGUUUUCCAUUCUUACCCUGUCCCCCUCCCCUUUACUUUCAGAAAAUGACAUUUCUAUUUGUUCCUUUUCUUGUUGAGGUAAUCUUUUUGCUCUCCUGUGAGUGAUUCAUUGACUUGUCAUUAUUAACAUAGAUGUGUUUGUAUUGUUUUUUAGUUACCUGAUGAUACUGAUGCUGAUGACUUUUGAAUUUAAUUUGAUGUGGUGGAGUUUGGGAGUUUUGAAUUUCUUUUUUUCCUUUUCCUUUUCACUGGGUAAAGGGAGGAUCCCCUUCCUCCACUCCCUCAACUGAUCAUCUGCGAAUUAUUUCUGCAGCCCUGCAGUUGCCCCAAAUAGCCUUUUCCCUGCAUCUUCUGUCCUCAGUCAUGCCAGUCUGGACAUGCUCUGUUGUGCCCUGUGACAUAAGUGCUCAAUAUUUCUAUUGCUUUCACUGUGUUUUAGGUGUUGUAGAGGGAUCGAAACUAAACAGAAGCAAGGGAAUGUCAGAGUAAUGAUGCUGGAGAAGACUUCUGUUCAGGGAGCAUUCUGCAUUUGGGCUAUUUCUUCUGCUAGCACUGGGGAUUCCCAUGUUGCAGCACUGCUGGGUCAUGCCAGUUUUGUAUCUGGGGUUUUUGGGUCAGUUUUUCUCUUCUUCAUGCCACUUUGGUUAUGGUGUUUCUUCUAGGCUUGUCCCUCCCCUAAACUAAAAAAUCUGAACUAGAAGUAAAGAGGCUGAGACUCUGCCUCCUGGAGGAGGGAUUCAACUGCCUCCAGUACCAAGCAGGUUUAGAGUAGGACUCCCCACUGCAAUCGGGGACCUGGUUGUACCUGCUCCCCAUUGGCAGAUUGUUUAGGCAGCAUUGCUGGAAUCUGUGAGAGGUCAAGACAGAGCCCACCUCACCAAGAUCAUCAACUGUAUUCAAAUUAUUGACCUGGACAGAAUCAAAGGCUGAUAGUAACCUCUUAUAAGAAAGAACAAAGAUGGGCAUGAAAGAGACAACCUCAGCCCAAGAUAUGUACUUACAGUUCCUAACUUAUGUGAAACUUCCCCCAUUGUUAGCCGAUUGCAUGGAUAAUCUUCCAUGGCUCCUUCCUUCCCCUCUUCCUGUCUUCCUUCUUUCUCCUGCUCUCCCCUGCACAGGAGGGUUGCUGGUAUGGGCAUAGUUAAAGCACUUCUAGCACUCAAAGACUGCCCUGUUUCCAACAUUCUCCCAUCCCACAACAUUUGAAGUAAGCAAGCGAGGAGCCUAGGGGACUUUUCCCUGUGGAGAAAGGAUCUGAGGCAGAGAUGCUACCCUCAGGCUCAUUUUUGGUAGGCUUUACACUUAGGAAAAACUAACUUUCCACACAAAGAGACAGACUCCCUAUGAGUACUCCCUAUUCCUCCUCUCCACAUAGCCCCUCAGAUAGAUAGACCUUGAACAGCAAGGAGAAUGGAGUACAAAGGAGUAAGAAUGGGCCCUACUAUGGAGAGCCAUUCUAGUGAGGAAUCUGGAGAUUUUGAGUCUAUCCUGGACCCUGUGGGAGAAGACUUAAUCAUGAAAGGACUCAUGGCUGCAUGGGACACAGCAUAGCUGGCUUGAUUGCUGCUCUUACGCCUCCUGACCCAGACCAGGCCCUGCCCAGCCUGGGAAUUUUUCUUCUAUGGGAAUCAAAUUACAAGCUGUUUAAGCUCCCAUUCCACCACACCCAAAUGAGACUUGAGGAGUUAGCCAAGGAUAAGUGUGAGCUGGGCAGAAGGCCAGGGCUCGGGACUGGCCACAACUGCUCAGCACCUGACCCAGCUACUUAAGCCCACUUGACAAGGAGCCUGGUACCCAGUGCCUAAGCUAAAGUGGCUUCCCUGGCAAACAGAAUGUCUGGCUGUGUAGGCCUCCCUUGAGUGUACAUUAUUUUCCUACUUUCAAUUCCUUCUCACUAGGCUUGGCCUUGACUUGUUUCUCCAGGGCCUGGGGGCACACCAAGUGGGGAUGCAUGGACAGGUCCCUGGACCUACAACUUCUCUUGGCCAAGCUCACUCACACUCCCACUUCCUGCUCCCCUGGGGCUGUGCCCAGAGCUCCAGAAUCAGGGAUUAUCACCUCUUUCCACCCACCUCUCAUCCACCCAACCCACUGGCCUCAUCAGAUGCCAAUAAUUUAUGAAAACAACAAGAAAUCUGUUCACCAUUGCUUGGAAUAUUCCCCCAGUCUAUGGCAGAAAAGCAGACCGGUGGCCAACAGCCCCAAGGGGAACCCCAUUACCUGGGCUUAGGAUCCAAGCCUAUUCUGUGUUCCCAUAGCGAUGCUAUCCACAAGAACUCUGUAAAUCUCUGUUUCUGCAUGGCCCAGAGAUCCCCUUUCCUCAACUCAAUGAGACCUGGAUUUGCUCAAAAAGGCUUUGCUAAUAUAUUCUAUGGGCCCUCUUGUGGGAUGGUCCUAACCCAGAAAUCCACCUCCUCUUUCUCUCUCUCCCUCUUGUCCCUUCUAUGUGUAUAUCUCUAAAGGAUUUAUAAGGACAGCAACAAGAGAGUUCUAACAAUUCUAGUGUGAAGCCAAAUAGUGAUUUUUAGUGUUUUGGGGAUGGGGUGGGCUGGGGUGGAUGGAUGGGCAACAGUGAUUUUGAUUACCCCUGCUGCUCUGCACUUGCCAGUUUAUUAUUUCAUUUCUUCUAUCUGACUGUUUGACCCUGUCAAACAAGUGUCAAAGUUGUGUGUUUAAAAAAAAAUGUUUAACAAAAAUAUGAUGUUGUAAUGACACAAAGCCUUAUGAAAAUAUUUAUGGAGUUCAAUAAAAGAAGUAAAAAGACA